AUCACAAGCAACGUUAAUUUUCAAGAAUCACCCAGUCCUAGUCUAACAGCCAGCAGCACAAGCAAAGGUGAAACGCCAAGUCCUAAUUUAGCAGCCAACACAAGCAAUGGUAAUGUUCAACAAUCGCCCAGUCCUGUAAUAAGCUUUUCCUUCUCUAGUAUUUGUUGCUCACCGAGGAUAUGACCUGUGAUAGGCUUACGUGGAGGGCGUGGAUUAGGGUAGAAGUCUAGCAGCCAGUGCAUGUUCCCCUUUUCCUUUCACUAAUGGUGGCGUAUUUUAGUAUUUUCCAUAUGCUUAAAAUUCUAUUACUACCUGGUAUCACGUGUGUUUUGGUUGCUCUACUCCCUAGCUGUUGUUAUUGCUUUCCUGACUUUUACACUAAUGUACAUUUUUUUUCUAUACUGUUGUGAUUUGCAUGCUUGCUUGGAGCCGAGGUUCUACCGGAAACAGCCUCUUUACCUGUAUAAGACAAAAGCGAAGAGCUGUUGUUGAAAUGCUUGCCCUUAUGCCUUGCAAUACUCAGAGGGGAUGAACAUGGUUUUGACCAAGCUGCACAAGCUCUAGCAGCAGCUAGCUCGAGCAACAGUAAUUUUCACCGACCGCGCAGUCCUAAUGUACCUAAUCUAGCAGCUAGCACAAGCAGACAAUCUCCCAGUCCUAAUCUAGCAGCCAACACAAGAAGCAGUAAGACUCAAGUUUUAACUCCUUAUUCACCAGCCAUCCCAAGGAGCGGUAGGAUGGAAAAUUUGUACAGUUUAGCAGCCAGAACAAACCGGAGUAGCUUCGAAGAAAUCGGUGAAGAGAACAUAAAUGAGGAGAAGAAGUUGUGGGGAUGCUUGCCUUUAUACCGUGCAUUACUCAGAGAAAACCAGAGUGGUUUUGAAAAAGAAGCUAAAGCUCUCUCGAAAUUUCCACCAGAUGUGACUAUAUGUAGGAAGGUAACAAGAGCUGGGGACACUGGCCUUCACGUACUUGUUGGUGCUGGAAAGUGGUAUGAUUCUGUGAUAAGUAAACCAAAAAGUUAUGCAUUAGAAGGGUUGGUUAUUCGUAACAACAAUGGUCAUACACCUCUUUGUGUGGCUGCAAAGGUUGGGAACAUGGAGGCUGCCAAGAAGUUGCUGCAACUUGAAACGGAAAUCCGGAGUGUGCGAGCGACUGACGACGAUACUGUUGGGCGGUAUCCGAUUAUAGAGGCUGCUAGAUAUGGCCAUAAGGAGAUGGUUUUACUUUGGAUUGGGGAUAUGGCCACGAAGAUGGCAGACUCCCCACCAACUAAAGAAUCAGCUGCUUCCACCUUUCUCCAUCUGCUAGUUGUAGCCGAAUUCUACGAUGUGCUGCUAGCUCUGGUUCGACGUUUUCCUGGUUUGGCCCGGGCAGAGUUUUAUGGUGACAAUGAUGAUGUAUCGCUUUUGAGUUUGAUGGCUGAGACACCUUCUGCAUUUCGGAGUGGGACUCAGCUAGGCUUUUGGCAACGCUUACUUUAUUCUGUCGCACAGGCAAACUUAGAAAGAAGAUUGUCAGACAUUGAAAAGUCCUUUGUUGUAAAUCAGCCCUCAGUCACAGUACCCUCAACAGAAUCGCCACAGCCUACUAAUGAGUUAACAUGGGAGUGUUUCGUGAAGUAUCCACGCAAUUGUGUCAUCACAAUUCAAGCGUGGCUUGCUAGGAUGAUUAAUAGAGCAGCAAUAUUCAAGCACAUUAAGGAUAUAAAGUUAAUGCAUAAAGAGACUCUUGAUAUCGUGAAACGUCUUUGCAAGGAGCUUAUGAAAGAGUAUAAACCUAAGGAUAUUGAGCCAGUACUCAGAAAGGCAGUUCUGUUGGCAGCAAGUUCGGGAAUUCCUGAAAUCAUAGAAGAAAUUGUAGAUUGCUACCCUGACGCAAUUUGGUUUGUUAAUUCUGAAAAUCAUAACUUAUUUCACCUUGCGGUAAUAAAUCGGCAUGAAAAGGUGUUUAACUUCAUAUAUCAGUUAAGUUUGUAUAAACAUUUGGUAACAACUGAUGAAGACACUUCAGGAAACAAUAUAUUACAUAUGGCUGGAAAAUUAGCACCUCUUGGCCGACUCAAUCUUAUCUCAGGUGCAGCUUUGCAAAUGCAGCGCGAACUUCAGUGGUUCCAGGAAGUGGAAAAGUUUGUUCAUCCAACUUUAAGGACAAAUAGAAACUCAUAUGGAAAAACUCCAAAAAUGGUGUUCACUGAGGAACACAAGGAAUUGGUCAAAGAAGGAGAGAAAUGGAUGAAAGAAACUGCAAAUUCAUGCACAUUUGUGGCGGCCUUAACAGCAACGGUAGGAUUUGCAGCAGCCAUCACUGUACCAGGAGGAAAUCAAAGCAAAGGUUUCCCAAUCUUCUCAAAAGAACCGGCCUUCACGAUUUUUGCUGUUUCGGUUGCAUUCUGUCUGUUCUCUUCUGUUGCCUCUGUGCUAAUGUUUUUGUCUAUCCUCACCGCGAGAUAUGCAGAAACAGAUUUUCUUAGAUCUCUUCCAAAACGAUUAAUUAUAGGCCUCGGUACACUGUUUAUUUCAAUGACAUCUCUGAUGAUAGCAUUUGGUGCUACAAUUUAUCUCGUUUUCGGUCAGAAAAACGGACUGAUACUCAUUCCAGUGGGCAUAGCAGGCCUCAUUCCAGUAAUCCUAUUUGAGUCCUUGCAAUUUCGUCUCUUGUUAGAUAUGUGUAUGUCCACAUAUGGCCCAAGCAUUUUUCAUAAACAGAGCUCACGUUUACUUUACUAGCAAGCAGAGGGGGAAAAAAAGUGCAGGCUCGUACGUUCUUGUAUUUGUGUUUGUACAAAGGGAAAGUGAAGUUUCGACUAGUUUCUGAAAUUGGCUAAUGACGCUAGUACAUUUUUAUUUGUGUUGGAAGACAAUUUAUGUUUGUCUUGCUUUGUUUUCCUUA